AUGUUGAUGAACAAGAAAAACAUAAUGGAGAAUUCUCAAUACAUUCUCAACUGUUUUGACAAAAAUACAUUUUUUGGAAUCUGUGAUUGCCUAAAUUUUGAUGCGACAAUUGAACCUUUGUUGAAAGAUAAUCCCAGACGUUUUGUCAUAUUUCCUAUUAUAUAUGACAAUAUUUGGGCUAUGUAUAAAAAACAUGAAGCUUCUCUGUGGAAUAUAGAAGCAGUCAAUUUGAAAUCGGAUCUUGAAGAUUGGAUGAGAAUGACUGAUGAAGAGCGUCACUUUAUAUCCUACAUACUAGCAUUUUUAGCUGCUUCAAAUGGCAUAGUUAGUGAAAAUCUUGUUAAACGAUUUUCUCAAGAAGUUCAAGUAACUGAGGCUAGAUGUUUUUAUGGGUUCCAAAUAAUGAUAGAGAAUAUACAUUCAGAAAUGUAUAGCUUAUUAAUAGAUACAUAUAUUAAAGACCCCAAAGAAAAAGAGACUUUAAUUAAUGCUACUGAAACCAUGCCAUGUGUAAAAAAAAUGGCAGAUUGGGUUCUUAAAUGGAUUACUGAUAGUAAAGCAACUUUUGGUGAAAGGUUAGUGACAUUUGCUGCUGUUAAAGGUAUAUUUUUAUCUGGAAAUGUUCCUUCAAUAACAUGGUUGACGAAAAGAGGAUUAAUGCUAGGCUUAACUUUUAGCAACGAGCUGAUUUUUCGUGAUGAGGGUUUACACACCGAUUUUGCCUGUCUCUUAUUUAAACAUUUAGAUCAAAAGCCACCCCUAACUGUUAUCACACAUAUCAUUUGUAAAGCCGUGACUAUUGAACAAUAUUUUUUGACGAACGCUUUACUUGUUAAGAUGGUUGGCAUGAGUUGUGAAAAGAUGGCUGAAUAUAUUGAAUUUGUUGCUGAUAGGCUGUUAAACGAGUUGGGAUGUCCUGCAGUUUACAGAUCUUCAAACCCGUUCCCAUUUAUGGAUCUUCUAUCUCAACAAGGAAAGACAAACGGCUUUGAAAAAAGAGUAAGAUGCCGAUUAUCUUCAGUUGCACCAAAUUGCUGAACCAUGUUUGUGAAUAAAAUUAUUUGUCAAUGAUUUAUUUAUCAUUCUAAGAAAACUUUAUUUUUUAAUUUU